UUUCAGAUAAAUGCUGAUCUUUGGAUCUUUCUAUUCAUCAAAGAACUACAAAAAUGUUCUUAACUGUUUUAAAUAGUGACAAUAAUAAUAAUAAUAAUAAUAAUAAUAAUGUUUCUUGAACAGCAAAUCAGCAUAUUAGAGAAUGAUUUCUAAAGGAUCAUGUGACACUGAAGCCUGGAGUAAUGAUGCUGAAAUAGCAUAAUAAAGGUCAUGAUGAAAUCUUUGUAGUCUAGAUUCAAUCUGGGCUUGGUGGAAAUAUGGGGGGCUUGGUGGAAAUAUGGGAGACUUUCACAAAAGCGUCUGUUAAAGUUAACAUGACCAUUUAAAACAGAUUACAUAUGCACUUUUUAAGCAUAGUUACUGAAUUUGACAAUGCUGUUUCAGUAAUGCUGCUUUUUAAAGAGAUGUUAGAAAUCAUAAGGGCAAUCGUGUUAAAUUCAUUCUACUGACAACCCUAGUUUUAACAGUAGAAAAAGUAUUUAGGUUAUUGAUUUAAGUUAUAUUUUAAUCUAUAUACAGUACUGAGUUAUGGCCCGAGGAUAUAUUGUUUAGGGGAAUUAGUAAUGUUUUUGCUUUUUUAGUUAAUAUCAAAAAUAUUGUUGAUACGAAUGAAUAAGGAUUAUAUUCAAAUACGUGAAUACUUUCUUUUUUAAUGAAUAGGUGUCCGUAAAAUAGUCAGCCAACGACGACAACCUUACUGGCGAAUUCUUAAAUAUAGGUCAAAUUUUGUGAACACCUGUGUAGAUAUUGGAUACAUCAGUGUUGUCAAAUUCACAUUUUCCCGCGGAAUUGGGCUACCUAUGUUUAAAGUUUUGCAUAAUUUGCAAUAAUUGACCUUUCUCACAUUUUCGGGUUUCUCAUAGCGGAAGUCGUCAUAGUUGGGUAAAAUCCGAGAGCAGUGAAUGGGAGAGUACCACAAAUAUAUUUUUUGCAUUCCCAUUUGCUCAAAUAGCAAAAGAAAAAAUACCCGAUGGUGUUUUCACUACUUUCAAUCAAAUGAUGAAAGUCGUUGACUAGCGUUAACUAGUUUUUUUGUAACUUGAUGAAAAGGUGAUAUAAUACAAAGUAUAGUGUUAUAAAUGUACAUACAUAUUUUUAAAAAUCAAAAUAUAAAAAACUUAAAAGAGUUUAUGAUGAUGAUGACCGUUGAAACGCGUCAUCACAAGGGUCCAUUGCAUAUAUUGGCUGAAAUGCGUGUACUGUAAUGUUGCGUAUAAUGCAUAACAAUGACUGUAAGAUAUGUAUUUAAGGUAUGGAAGCGGCAUAUAUUGAGUUCCUAUAACUGGAUGGGGUCAAUGGACUUGGGUAUCGUAACACACUUCCGGUGGCAUACAUUACAAGGCUACACGUGUGGUUACCAUAGUUACAGCUUUCCUAACAUUAAAGACUGCGUGCUAUUUCGACUUAUCUACAUUUGAUUUACAAUAUGUCAAAAUCAAAGCAAGACCAGCUGUACGAGUUGAAUUUGCAGAGGGAGUCGUGGUGUCGCGUGGAGACGACCAGUAGGUUCUGGAAUUUACCUGAAAGGAAACACUUCCGUCGUCACCUCCAAAACACUUGUGACUUCAGUGCGCUGCAGACCGCGCGUCCCGAGCAGCGGUCCUCCUGGAUGGACAACAACAACACCAACACCAACACCAGACAUCCCGAGCGAAGACACUUUGAAGACAGCUAUCAAACUCAUAUGGUGUUAGGAACUGCAAUCAAGCUCUGUGAAGAGUAAAUGUGUUUCUUCAGACAGCAAUAAAGUGUAACGAAGCAACCUGGUAAUAAAACUGUGGACUAUUUUAUUGUA